AUGGCGAGCGGAGACUCGGCCUCAUCGUCCGUACCGCCUUCUCCUCCGCCCGGAACUGUCCCUACAGCCUCAUCCUCCGUCUCAACCCUCUACAUCCGCCGCUCUUCUGCGCAAAGUAUCUCUGAUCGAUCCUCCGACGUCGGAUUCCGCUCGCGCGCUGGAUCUGUCACCGCGCUGCGCGGAACGGAUGAGGCGGAAGAGCUGGCAGGGGAAGAGGCGAGAGGGUUCUCGGCAGCAGCAGCGAGGCGGGGAAGCGCAGAAGCGGGAACGGGGCUGUAUGCUCGGAGGCGAAGCUCGGAUGCGGCCCGGCAGCUUGAGCGGCCGCAGACUCCGCCAGGACUCGCGGCUACCGACGCGAACGGCAAGACGCCUCGCAUAGGCACUACGCCACGACAGCGAACUGUGUCUACGUCGACGUCCAUGUCGAGCACGACAUCUGGCUCGAACCACACGCCUCGCACAGCGACAUUCCCUUCGUCUACCCUCUCUUCCUCGACAUCGUCCGCCUCGCCCUCGUCGAAACCGCUUCAUACGCCUCCUACUCUCCUCCCACGCGGCUCUUCGACCCUCCACACCUACUCGUCCUCGUCCUCCUUUCAUGCCCAAUCCGCGCCUCGCACGCCCACGGCUUCCUCCUCAUCCUUCCUCCAGCCAGCCUAUUCCGACUCCGGCCACUCGAGCGGAGCCGACGACUCGUCAUCCGUCUCAUCCGAUGACAACACCUGGGCGACAUCCUGGACUAACCAGCCCGAAUUGUCGACUUCGAAUCCGGACUCGUCCGGCCUCAUGUUCGCCAGAUUCGUCUCGCCUCCCCUCGCUCCGAAUGCAUCAACUCCAGUCGUGCAGUCGGCACCCGACGAGCCCGGCGUCCGCGAGUCUCGCCCACUGAGCGAAUUCGACUGGGCAGCCGCGUACGGCGGGUCGAGUCGCAGUCCAAGUCUGAUGCAGAGCCAAGCUACGGCUCCUCCAGAUCUGUGGAUGACCGAAGCGGCGUCCGUCUCGCCGGCGAGCCGGCCGCUGCCGCCUUUACCGGGUGCUGGUGGAGAAAAUUCGGCGGCGGAGACGAGCGCAGCGCAAGGCGCGGAAGGGGUGGCAAAAGCGAAGCAUGGGAACGACGGCGACGAGGACAAUCCUCCGCCUGUGCCGUUGGAGAAGAAGCCGAGCUUGCUGCAACUCGAGAUUGUCGCAGGACCGAAUGGAACGGCUGCACGGGCUCGCGCUGCCGCCAUUCCCGCCGUCGCGCUCGAUACCGCCCUCCCCGCUUCUCCUGCGACAUCCGUCUUCUCAGCCUCACCCACUUCCGCUGUCCCUCCUGCACCUUCGACCUCCCUCCUUGCUCCAGCAGCUCCACCUUCGAAUCGUCCCUCGUCCCGCGCAUCUUCGCGAAGUCUCGGACCGCAACCGCCUCGACCUCCAAGACGACAGCCGAGUAACCUCAGCAUGGCCAGCGCUCGAUCUGACGUCAGUGCCGAGCCACCUAUCGCGACGUCUCAAAGCGUUUCGAAGCCUACGGCGGCAGAGGCGGGUACGACGGAGCAGGAGACUUCGGCCAGUUCAGUAGCAGCCGAAGCCUCGUCGACCACCGACUCCGCAACAUCCCUCGACGUAGCAAAGUCGCGCACAUCGUCCACGUCUCCGACCGGGGAUUCCGAUGUCAGUCCGCCAGCGAUCACUCCGUCCGCGACAGCCAGCCCCGGUCCCGUGCGACGCGUUCCUUCAGGCCCUGCGCCUUCGAUUCCCGAGAAGUCUGCGCGACGAGCUAGUACACUCGUGACGCGACGCUUCUCUCUCGUCAAUGGCGGGCACAAGCGCGGCGAGAGCGUUGACUCGGUGCGGUCGAAAGAGCAGGAGGGCAAGGGAAAGGUUACUCCGUCGACGAGCAAGAAUGGCUCGCCUCUCGUCGGCAGCGGAGGAACGCCAGACGAAUGGUCCAAGCGGUUCUCUGUCCCCUACUCGGUCUCAGACUUUGCCGACGCUUACGCUCGCGAAAGCUUCUACGCCUCUUAUCCGUCGACUGGGACUGAUCACGCCUCGCCGGCCGGUCCGCCCCGUGCCUCGCCAAACCUGCGAGAAGGCGCCUCGCCCAAGGUGGCGCAAGGCUCGUCGACGAGCGAUGUCACGUCAAGCGAUGCAGCGAGCCCUCCGUCCGCCAGUCAGAAGCCUUCUCUCCGCCCGCUCGACCUCGUCGCCGCCGUGACCGCCGUCCCGAUUUCUGCACAUGCAGCGUCGCCUGCGACUUCCGCCUCUCCCAGCAGAGCCAGCCCCAGCACGCCGCGCGGUGAUGCCAAGGCCCGCGCGGCCGCGUUCAUCGCCGAUCUGAAGAGGGCGAAAGCAGCAGCGGCUGCAAGUGCGAGCGGCUCGGCGGGCGAAGGAAGCGCGGGAGAGGAGGCGGAACCGACAGCGGCGAAGGACUCUGUCGCUGUGCCGGCUCAGACUGCUACCGGCGACUCGCCUGCGCUGCCGGCCCUUCCUUUCGAGGCUCGCCCAGCAAGCCCGCUACUUCCGCUGGUCCAGCCAGACUUCGCCCGAACCGCCGAAACACCCAUUUCUCCCGAACGAUCUCCGCCUGUACCUCCGCCGUCCUACACGAAGCGACCCUCUGACACCUCCGUUCUGCGACAACGUUCCACGUUGUACUCCCCGCCAUCUCGCUACGAGCCUUCCUUCCCGCCACUCCACCGGCGCCGACCUUUGCCGCCUGCCGUCCAGAUCGCUGGCGAGCUUCGUCGAGCUCGCACAGCAGGUGAACGAGCGAGGAUCUACGCCGAGAAGAUCAACGAGUUGGCGAAGGAGAAGAGUCGGCUGGAUGACUGGAUCGCCUCGACGAGGGAUGUGCGAACUGCGAUCGGCCGAUCCCCGCUCGUGGCCGGCUCGCCUGCUCGGAACAGGCGCACAGCCCGUCAAGAUGCUUCGAACGCAACCUUCGCACCUCGUGGAGACGGCUACCGCGCCCGGGAGAUCUCGCCCAACCACUUCAACCCGAAGGAGAUGGUUCCAUCGUCGACGCCGUAUCCCGGCGUGCUCAAUCUCAUGUCGCCGAAGAGUGCGAGUUACAGCAGUCUCGGCACGACGACGAGUAGCGCAGGAAAGUCGUUUUUCUCGGGCUUUGGCCGGGGUUCUCUCGGUCGGCGAGCGUCGAAGCGCGAACACGGCACUUCGCAUGGCCAAUCGUCCACGAGCUCGUCAUCUUUCAGGUCCACCAUCUCGGGCCCCGUCCAACUCCUCUCCUCGACAAACACAGCUCUCACGUCCGGCAACGGCGUCAACCUGCGAUCCGUGCUGUCCGGCCCACGGAUGCCCAGUCAGACGUCUCGAGCGUCGCUCGACUCGCGGAUGUCGUCGCCGACCUCAUCCCCAAAGCCCAACUCGGCGAACGCUUCCCGAAACUCCUUUAGCUUCGGUGGCGCUGCCAUGACACCGGCGCUCUCAGCGUCUACAUCCGUACCGACGCUGCUCGGUGCAAGAGCGGGAGCUCCCGAGCUGGCAACUCUCGCUCCGGACGAGGUCGACGAGGAGAAGCUCGAAAGGCUGCAGGACAUCCUCCCGCAGGCGGCCAGGGCGGAUCUCGUCAAGGCGCUCGCCAAAGCCUCGGGCGACGAUGUUUUAGCCAUCAGCGUCUUUCUACACGACGAGGCGUCGAGGCGUUAG